CUUCAGCUACGCAUAUACAAAGAGAAUGGAAGAAGGGUUGUUAGUGAAAGAGAGAGAAGUGAAGGCAGAAAGGCUAACAUGGGGACUUAUAGGCCAAGAAAUGAAGAGACUUUGCUGCGUAGCAGGACCUAUGAUGGCUGUGACUCUAUGCCAGUUCUUGCUUCAAGUCAUAUCUUUGAUGAUGGUUGGGCACUUGGGUGAACUUUCACUUUCUAGCUCCGCCAUAGCCAUUUCUCUUUGUGCUGUUACUGGCUUCAGUCUUCUUUCAGGGAUGGCAAGUGCUCUCGAAACUCUAUGUGGGCAAGCUUAUGGAGCUCAGCAAUAUCAAAAGUUUGGAACCCAUACGUAUACUGCUAUCUUUUGUCUCCUCAUUGUUUGUAUACCUCUCUCUAUCGUCUGGAUGUACCUGGGAAAAAUUCUCGCUUUGAUUGGACAAGAUCCUCUGAUUUCACAUGACGCUGGAAUAUUUGCCACCUGGCUUAUUCCAGCACUCUUUGGCUAUGCAACUCUUCAACCACUUGUUCGGUACUUUCAAAUGCAAAGUCUGAUUUUUCCCAUGCUCAUAAGUUCCUGCAUCACAAUUUCUUUCCACAUACUCAUAUGUUGGGUGCUUGUAUACAAUUCUGGAUUAGAGAAUCAUGGAGCUGCAUUAGCUAUGGGUAUUUCAAUGUGGUUGAACGUAAUUAUUCUCGGUUUGUACAUGAGCUGCUCUUCUUCCUGUGAAAAAACCCGUGCUCCAAUUUCAGGGGAGGUGUUAUAUGGAGUGAAAGAAUUUUUCCGAUUUGCUAUUCCUUCAGCUGUCAUGUUAUGCCUUGAAUGGUGGUCAUAUGAGCUUCUGAUUUUGUCAUCAGGCCUUCUGCCAAACCCACAGCUUGAAACUUCUGUCCUCUCUGUAUGCCUCAACACUAUCAUUACACUCUAUGCAAUACCAUAUGGACUUGCUGCAGCAGUAAGCACCAGAGUUUCGAAUGAGCUAGGAGCAGGAAACCCAGAAGGUGCUCGAGUUUCUGUAAUUGGUGUUUUGCUUCUUGCUGUCACAGAGGUGAUAAUUGUUGAUGCAGUCCUCUUUGCUAGCCGGCAUGUUUUUGGUUAUGUUUUUAGCAGUGACAAAGAUGUUGUGGAUUACGUCACAACUAUGGCUCCCUUGGUUUGUCUAUCUAUUCUAAUGGAUAGCUUACAAGGAAUCCUUUCAGCUGUUGCAAGAGGAUGUGGCUGGCAGCAUAUAGGAGCCUAUGUCAAUCUUGCAUCAUUUUAUCUUGUUGGAAUUCCUAGUGCUCUUAUAUUGGGUUUCGUGGUAAAGAUAAGAGGGAAAGGUCUUUGGAUCGGAAUCCUAUCCGGUGCUACCGUACAAAGUUUGCUGCUCUUUAUUGUAACAAUGUGCACAAAUUGGGAGAAACAGGCAAUAAAGGCACGAGAGAGGUUGUUCCAAGAAAUUGUUUCAGCUGAAGAUGGACUAAUGUGAUAACAAGAGCCUACUGGUAAUUUGAACAGCAUCUAAGCUAUAAUUUAAGAACUUACAGAAGAAUUGGAUCAUAGCUCAUUUUGGCACCAGAAUCUCAACUGCAAUUGAAAUUACUUCCAUUUUUUUUUUUUAUCAAAACGGCAACAUUAGUUCCAUCAAAACUGCAAUUGAAAUUACUUCCAUCAUUUGCAGCAAAUUGCUUUGAUUCUGUUAUGUCUACGGUGACUCCAUGAAGCUGGAGCUAAGGACUAUUAUCACCUAAAAGUACCUCUUCUGUUUCUCUUCUCCUUUUGGGAGGUUUAGAGAUAGGUUCUUACUGACUGAGAAGUUCCUCUAAGGAAUAGUACUACUUUGGCUCUGCCAUCUGCUGUUUCUAGAACUUCCAGAGUGAAAUCCAGUCUCUACCACAGGAAAAUUUACUUGGGAACAGUUUAAGAGUCAAAAGAUCAAGCAUAUCAACAAGGUUUACAAGCACAGUAUGACUGAACUCAUGUGAAUCUUUUGUUUUAUUUUACCUAAUCGGAUCCGGUUGAUUCACC